CCUAUUGUUGAGGAUGUCGAUAGCUGGGACUUCAAAGCUAAUUCUGUAGCCCGAACCAAUACCUGAGAGAAAGCGAAAACAUGUCGGGCACAAAGUAUCAGAUGCAUUUUGACGAGGAAGAGGUGCUGCCCUUCCCCGUCUUCAUUGCGGAGCUUGAGCUGCUUGUCGGCAACAGCAAGCGCGGCAAGCCUGAUGGCGUGCAACUAUUGGAACUGCUUCAAAAGCUUUUGGCUACGAUACCCCGAACAGACAAGGCAGUUGUCAAGCAGCAUCAGCGCCAGUGCGAGGCGAUGCUGUAUGACGUGCUGGCGCACGGCAUUGGGGCAGCUGUCCGCCGCCUGAUCUUCGACUGCUUCUGCUCGCUGUACGCGCACGGCGACUCAAUUUCCAUCUACACGCGUGUCAACUCGCUGCAGACCUACCUGUCCAGCAAGGAGGGCAUGAGUCGGUCCACGGCUGAGGAUAUCCGCGUGGGUCUGCUGGACCUGUUGGCACACCUGUACGGCGCGUACGGCAGGAUGCUUGCGAACUCGGCGCUGGAGUCGGUGAACAUUGCCUCGCGGACCGUGAGCAAGAGCGGCAACCAGACGGCCGUGCGUUGCGCGGCACUGCGGCUGGCGGGGGCUGCGGUGCGCGGGCUGAACCCGCUGGACCGCUCCGCGCCUGCGGUGCAGGGCGAGGCGUGGAACCUGCUGCAGCGCAACGCCAAGGACCGCACGACGGAGGAGGUGCGGGCUGGGUGCCUGACGCUGCUGGGUGCGGUGUGCGGCGCGGGCGGCGCGGCGCUGUGGCGUGAGGGCGCCUACUCAGCCGAGGAGGCGCUGCGGCUGUGCCUGGCGGCAUCGGAGGACACAGUGCAGGCGGUCCGUGACGCGGCAUUCCGGGCACUCGGCGAGCUGGCGAGCGCCUCCCGCAGCGCCGCUGCUGCUGAAGCGCUGAGCGCGGAGAAGCGGCCCGCCAAGAAGGCGGCAGCGGAGCGGGUGGUCAGCGGCUGCGUGCGGGCGGCGCUGGUGGCGCCGCUGAUUGAUGCGGCCCUGCAUGGGCGGCGUGAGGCUUGCCUGGGCAUGAGUGGCGCCUGGAUGGCGUACGUGGGGUCCCUGGCCCGGCACCGGGCGGGGCACGACCACACCGCGGACCUUAUGGAGGUGGCAGCAGUGCUGGUGGGCGCGGUGGGCGAGGCGGGCCGCAUGUCGGCGGAGGCCCGCGCGGCCUCGGCGCCGGAGCAGCACCUGGAGCUGGGCGCGGGGCUGGCAGGCGGCGAGCUGCCGGCGUUGCAGGCGUGUGCGCUGUACGUGCUGCGGCGCGGCGUGAUGUGUGCGCUGGCGGAGGCGGGCCAGCGCAAGCUGCUGGAGCGACUGGCCAACACGCUGGACAAGCGCCUGGCCACGCCGGCGGCGGUGGUCACGCUGGAGGCGCUGGCGACGCUGCUGGAGGCGGUGGGCGAGGUGCCGGACGACACGGCGGUCACACUGGAGCGGCUGCUGCAGCCGUACGUGACGUCCGCGUCCUCCGCCACGCGGCAGCAGGCCGCGGUGGCGCUGGCGUCGCUGGCGGCUGCGCACCCCGCCGCGGCCGCCCGCAUGUUGUCCGGCUGCCUGGACACAGUCGCCUCCUGUGCGGGGCAGAUGGCGGCGCCGCUGUCGCCAGUGGCCGCCGCCUCCAACCUGUCCGCGGCGUCCGCAGACGCUAACGGCGGCCUGCCGCACGUAAGCCGGUCGCCGUCCAGUUCGGCAGGCGGCGCGGCGGGCGUGGCAGCAGCGGUGUCGUCGCCGCGGCCGGGGACGCCGGCGGGCGGAGGCGCGGCUGCGGGCGGCGGUGCCCCGCGCGGGGGGCUGUCGCAACGCGCGCUGAUGGACACGUGUCACGGUGCGGCGCUGGCGGCGUCACGGCUGCUGCUGACGGCGGCGCACGCGCCGCUGGGCUGCCCGGCGCGGCUGCAGCGGCGGGCGCUGGCGCUGGCGGAGGACCUGGUGACGGGGCCAGGACCGGACGUGGCAGCCAACAGGGCUAUCUGCCGCGAGGUGGGCUUCCUGCUUCUGGGCUCGCUGUGCGCGCUGGGCGUGCCGCAGGCCGGCCGCGGCCCUGAGGCAAUGGCGGCACUGUGGGCGGGCGCGCUGGGCGAGGGGGGCCGGCGCGAGCUGGAUGAGCGGGCCUUCGCGCGGCCCGGCGGCGAGCUGGACUUGGCGGUGCAGCUGUGGUGGCGCUCCAUGGCGCUGCAGGCGUUGGGCGCCUACCUCAGCUCCAUCGGCUCCGGGGCGGGAGGAGGAAGCGGAGGAGCCAGGGCCGGCGGCGGCGGCGCCGCCUACCGGCCCGGCUCCAGCGCGGUCAUGCUGCUGUCGGGCAACGGCUCGGCGGCGUCAUUCUCGGCGCGGUCGGACUCGGGCUUGGGCGCGUCACGCGUGGGAUCAGCGGGCGCUGGCCUGGACGCCGACUCCACUGGCGGGUUUGAUCUGGUACAGCAGCUGGGGCCGCUGGUGGCGCCGCUGCUGGAGCUGCUGGACACGCAGCCCUACCUGCAGGACCCCGCGCGGGCACGCGGCGGCCCCGGCGGCGUACUGGCUGGCGCCGCCGCCACCUUCACAUUGUCGCUGUUGGAGCUGCACCUGCGGGCGCCGGGCGGCCGCAUCGCGCCCGGCUCCGGCCCCGUUGCAGUGCUGGCCAAGGCCUGCCUGCGGCCUUUUCGCAGCGGCCUGCUGCCAGGCGGCGCUGAUGCGCUGGCUAAUUGCGCGCUGCGUGGCCUACUGAGCUCCGACGACGCGCCGCUGGGCCCGUGGCCGCCCGGCAGGGACCCGCUUGAGGACGCGCUCAGGGCAUACACCGGAAGCCGCGGCGCCCCGCACCUGCCGCCGUGGAUGACGGCCGACGCAUACGCCGCACUGCUCACUGGCGGCGGCGAGACCGGCAGCGUCCUGGCUGGCGGCGGCGCAGCCGCACCGGCGCCAGGCAGCAGCGCCGCAGGCGCCGUCGCAGAGGCCGAGGCUGCAGGCGACGGCACCAUUGGAGGCGGAGGGGCUGGCAGCGGGGCUGGGGCUGGCGGCGCUGUGGAUGGGGCAGUGGUUGGAGGCGGUGCCGCUGGCGCCGGCGGUGUGGUGUCGGCGGCCGGCGGCGUAGUGGGGCUGUCCCACGCCACGUUCCCGCAGCCCAUGGGGCUGGAGCCGUCAUUGCUGACGGCACAGCUGGUGCUGCUGGGGCGGCUCGUGGCUGCGUCGCCGGUGCUGCAGCAGUUGCAGAUCUUGGAUGUCGUGCACAACGCUGUUCAAGCAUCUAAGACGCUCGCGCGCCAGAGCCGCGACGCCAGCGCCUGCCGGCGUCUGCCGCUGGCGGUGGCAGCAGCCGUGAUGUUGCUUGCAGGCUACGGCGCUGCAGCGGUAGCGGCACGGCGCAGCAAGUCACCGCUUGACCCUACCGAUAAGGUUUCGGACAAGCUGCUCUCAAUGGCGCAGGCGCUCAUGCCCGACGAGCACGCGCUCGCAACCGACGCCGCGCCGCUGUCAAGGGCUGCGGUCGAGGCCUUUGCAGCCUCCGCCGCCGCUGGGACGGACGCCUGGGCAGCGCGCGUGGUGCGGGCGCUAUCGACGGAGGCUGCGGCCAGUGCGGCGGAGGGCCGCGACAGCGAGCGGCGGGCGGUGGUGGCGCUGGCGGUGGGGGCGGUGCACCGGGCGCGCGGCGGGCUGGCGAUGCAGGGCGCCGUGUCUGACAGCGUGGAUGCGCUGGUUGCGGCCGCCAGUCGGCCCGGCUCCAACAUCGCCGCCGCAUGGGUGCUGCACGCGCUGUGGCUGGUGGCGUGCAACAGCGGCGGCGCGUUCGUGCCGCGCGUGCGGACCGUCCUGCAGCUUGGGCAGGAGCUGCUGGUGAGCUCCUUUGAGUCGCCCGCGCUGCGCGCCGCCUGCGCGCGCCUGGCCAACGCUUCCGUCCUGGUGCUCGGGCCCGAGUUCACCCUGGGCAGCGCAGCCUACACACGCGCCAAGUGCCUCGUGGCUGCCAGUGGCGACCUCUCGGACCCGGCCGGGGACGCAGCCGGCGACGCAGCCGGCGGCGCGGACGCGGCUGGCGGCGGCGCGGAGGCCGCGGUGGGCGCGGCUGCCGGUGAUCUGGCGGACGGCGGCGACAGCGGUCUGGGCCGAGUGCUGUUUGUGCAGCAGAUCGUGCUGUUUGCGCCCCACGCCGUGCCGCCGGCCAAGCAUGUGCCGCUUCUGUUGGCGCACUUGCUGUCUCGCCAGCCCGAGCUGCGCGCCGCCUCGGCCCUCACGCUACGACACGUGGCGGAGCGCUCGGCCGCCGCGCUGGCGCCGGCGGAGGCCGCCCCCGCGCUGUUUGCGGCGCUGGAUGCGGAAAGCGACCCGCGCAUUGCGGGCCAGCUCCGCGCCACCAUUGCCACGGUGCUUGCCGCGUCGGCCUCCACGCAGCCGUCCUUCUGGCUGGCGCUCCUAAGCGAUGUAGUGUUUGCGGCCGGGCCGCCCUCGGCAGCGGCGGCGGCAGCAGCCGCAGCCGCAGCGGCGGCAGCAGCCGAGGCGCCGCGUGAUGGCGACGAUGACGAUGACGAGAAGGGGUACGGCGGCGGGGCGACGAGCACGUCCGCGGCGGCCAGCAAACCGGCGGGGACGGCAUCGGCGGGGCCCACAGGCGGAGGCAAGGCCGUGCGCUCGGUGCGGGAGGUGCUGACGGCGCCGCACCUGCGCACGCGUCACUUUGCCGCGGACUGCCUGCUGCGGCUGGUGCGGGUGUGUGUGGCGGAGGACGAGGGCCACCGCGACUCCUCCCUGCUGGAGCGACUGGGCGCAGGCGGCAGCAGCCGCAGCACCGGCAGCCUGCAGGGCGCGGGCGAGUGGGCAGACAGCGGCACGCCGGCGGCGGCUGCAAGCGCCUCGCUGCUGCAGGACCCGCUCAUUCUAAAGCUACAGACGCUGGUGGACGUGGGCUUCAAGCUGGCCACCAUCCCGCUGGAGUCGCUGCGGCCACACGGCGUGCGGCUGCUGACGCUGCUGGUGCAGCUGUUUGGGGACGUGGCCGACCCGCUGCUGGCAGGCGCCCGUCUCAUGGAGCAGUACCAGGCGCAGGUGGUGUCGGCGCUGCGCAGCUCCCUGGGCGCCCGACAGGCGGCCGCAGGAGGCCUGCCCGGAUUCUCAAACGCCGGCGCCAACGCGGCGGCUGCGGCCACCGCAGCGGCGGGCGGCGGCGGCGGCGGUCCGGCGGCGCUGGCGGGCACCGUGGCCGACCCGGUGCAGCACCCGCUGCUGCAGAUCGCGGGCGGCGUGUUGGCGACCACGUUCCUUGAAAGCGGCCUGGCGGCAGGCGACGCGGUGGUGAUGCGGCGGCUGAUGGAGCUGCUGUCGGCACCACUGGCGCCCGAGGCCUGGCCGGCGCUGCGCUACGAGCCGUACGCGGAGUGGGUGGGCGCGCGCGUGCGGGUGGAGCUGCUGCGGGCGCACGCGCAGUGCGCCGCCAUCGCGGCGGCGGCGGCAGCGCGCGGCGACGCGCUGUGCGCGGGCAUUGUGGCCAAGGCGCACGAGCCGCAUGCCGCACGGCUGCAGGCCGCCUGGGCGCUGCUGCUGCAGGAGCACGCCGUGCUGUGCUCGCAGCACGACGCCGUGUUGGCCGCCUACCACUCGCCGCUACUGGACGGGGAAGACCUGGCAGACCCGGCGGCAGCGGCCUCCGGCACAGGCACCCUCGGCUACACAAGCAGCAGCGCAGGCAACGGCAACAUCGGCUCCAGUUUUGCUGAAAUUGAGGAAGCAGACGCCGCGAAUGGUGAAGGGGCUGUCGUGGGGCAGGCCGCCGGGAGCGGUGGCGUGCUGACGCCGGCCCUGGCAGCGGUGCUGAGGCCCGUGUACGCGGCGGCGUGCCCCGCCGCGCUGGCCGCGCUCGCGGGCUCGCUGCCGCCGCCGGCAACGGUGGUGGCGACGCCCGCGUCCCGCUCGCAGUUCCACAGGCUGCUGGAGGUGGCGCUCAUGCUGCUGACCGACGCCUCGGCACGACUGGCGCAUGCCGUUGCGGCGGCGCUGCGCAGCGCGGGGCCAGCCGGCGGCAUCGACCUUGCGUCGCUGCCGCCGGGUGCAGGCGCAGCAGCAGCGGCGGCGGCGUCCAUGUGGUCGUCGGCGUCACCUCGUGUCGGCGCUAGUCACCACCACGGCGGCGGCAACGCGGACGGCUCGUUUGCGCACGUGCGCGACACCGCGAUGCGGCUAGCAGGCGUGCUGCGCGCACUGCAGCGGCUGCUGGCGGCGGGUUACGUCGGCGCGGCGGCGCCAGCCGAUGCCGCGCCCACGUCUACAGCAGCAGCAGCGGCGUCAGCUGGUGCACAGCAGCCGCUGGUGCCGGCGGCGGUGCUGCGUGACGUGCUGCGCGCGCUGGGCGGUGUGGCGGUGCACGCGCUCAUGCCGUUGCACUGGGCGCUGCUGGCGGGACAGGCGCCGGCGGCGCUGGCGGGGCUGCUGCCCGGGCUGGCGCUGCCCUGCUGCGCCAUGGUGCGGGAGCUGUGCGGCGCCGCGCCGGAGGACAGCCUUCAGGGCCCGGCGGCAGUGCCGUUGUCGGCAUUAUCUUCGGAAGCAGCAGCGGCAGCUGCAGGGGAGGGUGGAGAGGCGGACCACGAGGGCGAAGGGACGGAUGCGGAGGGAGAGGACGGCGCGGGGCCGGGGCCGGGCGGCAGCGUGGCGGCGGCCGCGGUGGAGACAGUGCUGCUGUUCACGUCCGUGUGCUGCCCCUUCGCGUGCGAGCGAGCGGCGUCCAACGGGCCAGCAGGCAGUAGCGGGCGGGGCGAGGGCAACGGGCAAGGGCAAGGGCAAGGGUUGCCGCCAUGGAUGGGGCCGUUAGGCGAGGCCGCGGGUGGACUGGCGGCGGCGCCGGGGUGCUUGCCACUGCCGGCGCCGGCGCCGGAGCAGGCCACGGCGCUUGCUCAGUGCACGGCGCAGGCGCUGGGGGCGGCACAGCUGCUGCUGCGGCGGUGCCCCUGGUCGGCGCUGCAGCCACACGUGGGACCGCUGCUGGAACUGCCGCUGCGGCUGCUGCUGACGUGCGCCUCGGGGGCCGCUGUCGCCCCGGUGGCGCAGCGCUACAUGGAGAACGCGGUGGCGGCGCUGGGGGCGCGGACGGGCGCCGGCACCGGCGGGGAUGCGGCUGCGUCGUGCGCAGCGGCCGCAGUGGCGGUGCUGUGCGACACACUCAGCCGCCACGUGGCCGCGCUCCAGGCGGCAGCGGGCAAGGCGGCGGGGCCGGAGCCGGAGGCUGCGCUCGUUCAGUCCCGGCUAGCUACGCUGGCGGCAGCGUGUUUGGGCUGUGGCGCGGCGCUGUCGGCAGCGGAGCAGCAGCCACCGCGGCCAGCGGUUGCGGCCGCGCGCGGCACGGUUGUUGCGGCUCUUACAGCGCCACUGGCACCUGAGGUGCCGCCGGCAGCGGCUCUGGCCGUGCUGGAGGCCGCGCGUGGCGCUGUGCAGGAGAGCGUGGCGGAGGACGCGGCGUCCGCGCGCGGGCGGUGGGCGCGGCUGCUGGUGGCGGCGCUGGUUGGACCAGCGGUGGUGCGUGUCGGCCCGCUCUUGACGGAGGCCAAGGCGCCACUUAGCGGCGAGGAGCAGUCGAUGGUGGGAGAGGCCAUCAAGCUGCUGGUACUAGCGUCAACCCUAGCGGCGGCGCAGGGCCAGCCGGCGCAGGAGGGCGUGAUGCAGGUGUUGGUGCCGCUGCUGAUGGAGGCCGCCGCGCCGGCUGCGGGCGCCGCCGCCGUGACGCCGCCCCUGCGUGACAUGGCGCUCAAGCUCAUCACCUCGCUGCCCGCGGCCGCCGCCGGUGCCGCCUUCAAGACACAGCUGGCGGCGCAGCCGGCGGCGGCCAAGCUGCGGCUGCAAGGCGCUCUGCGGGAGGCGGCCUCAGCGACAGCUGCGUCAGUGCAGGCUGCUCCGGCAGCGGCGGUUGCGCCUGCGGCAGCCGGCGGCGGAGUGCCGCCGCCGCCGCCUGGCGGCGCUGCCGGCGCAUCGGGCCGGCGGCCGGCAAUCCAGUUGAAGACGACGUUUGCCGUGCCGCUGCCUGGCAAAUAGACGUGGAACGAGCUGGCGGCGCUUCUAAUGCAUUGUUAUUGACUGUAACUCGUGACCCUUGUAGUGCGUUGCCACAGUGACGACCCUUGCGCGCCACAAGGCCUUUUAUGCAGCUGCGUGCAGCGUGUGUUAUUGGUGGUAGGUGUGCAGUAGACUGCGAAUGGUGUAACCGAGUACCAUAUGUAUGCGCGUGCGUGGGUUAGCGGGUGGCUACCGUUUACACGAUGCCGCUGGUUGGGCAAGAAUUAGACGUCUGAUGCGCACAAGGCCAUGACCAGAACAAUGCGGCCUUUCGUUUGAGUGCAACCGGACACACAUGCACGUCCAACAUGCUGCUCACGAUUCUAAUCUGUCCAUAAUGCGGCUAGCCUGCUAAUGCUAAUGCUACAGCCCUGCGUCUUGACUAA